UAACUCCUAAGCAGGCAAGCUGUCGAUAAACGAUAUCGGAUAAUACGUAAACAAUAAAAGAAGGUACCUACCGGACUUUUAAAACUGCAAUAUACUAUAUCGUCGUUGUAAUGGGAAGAACGCGUCGCAGAAGAAAACUCAAAAGAACUAAUUGUUUUGAGACUUGCAAUUAUAGUUCUGAUUUGAUUAUGUUAAACUCUUGGCUAUCCAAAAGUGGAAUUCAAAGAAGCAAAAAGUUAGUCCUUAAAAUUUUUUCUGAUUGCAAUCGUGGUGUAUUAACAAAAAAAAGGAUCAGAGCUGGAGAUGAACUACUAAGUCUACCACUAAAUUUGACUAUUAAUGUAACAACUCUGCUUAUGGAUGAAGAAUUUUGUGCAAUAUUUUUAGACAGCAAUAUCCUAUCGCAGCUGAGAUACAAACAAGCUAUUUCAUUCCAAUGUCUAUUAGCAUUCUAUUUGCUGUUUUUAAAAGUGCAAGGCAAUCAUUCAAAAUGGUACUUAUACAUGCAGAGUUUACCAAAAAAUUAUACAGUGCCAUAUUUUUUAACAAAUGAAAUAAAGAAGUUUCUAGACCCUAAUAUAUUGUGUGUAAUAGAAAAACAACAACAUAUUAUUAAUUCUGCUUAUAAUCUUCUUAAUGAUUUAUUGAAUAUAGCAAUUAUAAAAAAUGAAUAUAAAAGUGUGCAUCUGUUUAAAAGCACCUUCAAUAAAUCUGAUUUUGAAUGGGCAUACUUUACUGUUAAUACAAGGUGUGUCUUUAUGGAUUUGACUAACCUUUUGAACUUGACACAUAUGCAAAAUACAAUAUUAAGUAUUAUUAAUGAUAAUACAAAGAUAUCUUUGUGUCCAUUUUUAGACAUGAUUAAUCAUAGUGCUUAUGCUAAAAAUGAAACUAAACUUAUUGUCAACAAGGAGUUAAACAAUUUACCUAUAGUACAUUUAAAAGAGAACCUGUUCUCAAAGGUUAACUUCUCAAUUUAUACUAAAACUACUUUUGAGGCAUACUCUCAAGUUUUUAUUUGUUAUGGAGAUAGCUACAACUUAAAACUUAUUACUGAAUAUGGUUUUUACAUUGCAUCCAACAACUUGGAUUAUGUUUCUAUUGAAUAUGAAGAAAUAGUUGCAUUUCUUAAUUCUAUUAAAAAGAAAGUUUCUCAAGAGCAAUAUAAGUGUAUUUUGAGGCAUGGACUUGACAAGGACUUAUAUAUUGACAUCAAAGGAAUGAGCUUUAACUUGUAUGGAUUGCUUGUAGUUAUUAAAUAUUUUUACAGAAAGGAUGUUGAUGUUAGCCAGUUAUUGUACUCUGCAGCUAUCUGCUCCUAUGAUAGGGAAUUGUUUGAUCUUAUUAAACCUAUUCUUAUAAAAAAACUAAUAGACACUGAAUAUAAUGUCAGUCAAUUACAAAAAUUUGAUAAAUGUGUAGCCCUCUAUAACUGUAUUGUACUUAUGUCUCACCAAAUUAAGAUUUUAAAGAAAUUUUGCAAAUAUUAAUGUCAGUUUGUACUUUAUAAAAAUAGCAAAAAGUCAUAGACAAACAAAACUGUUUAAGAGUAAAACCAUUGUGUAAUAGUGAAUAAAAGAACGACAUAUUGUAAAUAUAAAUGUUUUAAUCCCAUAAUCAGUUAAAGCAGUAAAUCACAGUCAAGUAAUUUUAUUUUCAUUAUAAACGAUUUUGCUACAGAUAUAACAAUUUUAAAGGUAUUAAUUAAAAAUUAUACAUUGUAACCAUCUAUUAUAAUAAUUAAAAUCAAAGACGUCAUUGACAUAGGAAUUUACAACAAACAGUCAACAACCAAUUAUCAUGAAAAAUUAUAUGAAA